AUGAAGUUUUCCGCUGCCAUUGUCGCUGCCGCGGCCACGGCUGCCAGCGCCAAGCUGGAGCCCAUCACCAUGAAGGGAUCCAAGCUCUUCUACUCCAACGGAACUCAGUUCUUCAUGAAGGGUGUUGCUUACCAACAGGAUACUGCUGCCGCUGGUCAGACCAACACCAAGGAGACCAAGUACAUCGAUCCUCUCGCCGAUGAGGCAGCUUGCAAGCGUGAUAUCCCUCUCCUCAAGCAGCUCGGUACCAACAUCAUCCGAACUUACGCCAUCGACCCCACGGCCGACCACAAGGCCUGCAUGAAGCUGCUCGACGAUGCUGGAAUCUACGUCAUCUCUGAUCUUUCUGAGCCCAGCGUCUCGAUCAACCGUGAUGACCCCAAGUGGGAUGUUGAGCUGUAUGAGCGCUACAUCGGAGUCGUCGAUGAGCUUGGUCAGUACGACAACGUCGUCGGUUUCUUUGCCGGUAACGAGGUCUCCAACAACGUCUCCAACACACAGGCUUCUGCUUUCGUCAAGGCCGCCGUCCGUGACACAAAGAAGCACAUCAAGAGCAAGUUCUCCCGCUGGCUCGGUGUCGGUUACGCCUCCAACGAUGAUGUGGAUAUUCGUGAGCAGAUUGCCGACUACUUCAACUGCGGUGAGGACGACUCCCGCAUCGACUACUGGGGUUACAACAUCUACUCUUGGUGCGGUAAGAGCAGUAUGGAGGACUCUGGUUACACUGACCAGGCCAAGUUCUUCGAGAACUACUCUGUCCCCGUCUUCUUUGCUGAGUAUGGUUGCAACGAGCCCGAUGGUGCUGCUGGCCGUAUUUUCGAUGAGACCACCGCUCUUUACGACGAGAAGGUCAUGACUGAAGUCUUCAGCGGUGGUAUCGUCUACAUGUACUUCCAGGAGGCCAACGACUACGGUCUCGUCAAGAUCAACAAGAACGAUGAUGCUGUCAAGCUCAAGGACUUUUCCGCACUCCAAAGCAAGGUCAACGCUGCCAAGCCUACCGGUGUCGAGGAGGAUAGCUACAAGCCCACUGGCAAGGCUGCCACCUGCCCUGAGCAGUCCAAGAACUGGAAGGCCAACAGCGUCCUUCCCCCUGUCCCUGACUCCGACCUCUGCGACUGCAUGGUCAAGAGCCGAAGCUGUGUCCCUGCUGAUAACCUGAAGGCUAAGGACUUUAACGAUAUCUUUGGUUACAUCUGCGGCGAGGACAAGAAGAUCUGCACUGCCAUCAACGCCAACGCCACUGCCGGUAUCUAUGGUGCCUACAGCAUGUGCUCCGACGAGGCCAAGCUUGCUUACAUCCUCGACGCCUACUACGUCUCCCAGAAGUCCGCUGCCAGUGCUUGCGACUUCAACGGCAAGGCCACCACCCAGAAGGCCGAGAGCCAGUCCUCUUGCUCGUCUGCUCUCGCCUCCGCCAGCAAGAUCAACGAGGAGGUUGCCACUGCCACCCACGCCGUCGCCUCCGAAUCCACCGGUGGAACCAACAGCAGCAGCGAGGACGACGAGAACUUUGGUCUCCAGACUGCCUCCAUCGCCCGCGUCUUCUCCCUCGGUGACUUUGCCGUCGGCGCCUACAUGGCCGUCGCCGGUAUUGUCGGUGCCGGUAUGGUCCUUCUGUAA